AUGUCUUCUGGUUGGGGAACUCAGGACACCUCCGGCUCAGGCUGGGGCUCUUCCCAACAGCCUCCCGCUGACUCUUUCGGUACGGCUGCUAUGGCCGACGCCCUCCCCGACGCCAAUGGCCGCCCUCGGGCCGAAGGCAGCUCUGCAAACAAUGCGACUGGUGUUCAGGACGGCGAUCCUACCUCUGGUGGCUCCACUGACGAGGGUGGUGUUGCCGACGGAUGGGCCCCUUCUCAAAAGUACGACUACGAGCAAUUCACCGACGCUCGUGCCGGAGGAUUUGAUGGCAGCAAGCGCGUCUAUCACUGGGACGGCGAAGAGGGCGACCUCGGCCCAGAGUUUCCAGAGCUCGAGGAAGAGCUCUUCGGCCCUGCGGACAAGCGCGAACUUCCCACAGGCAUCGACUUCUCCAGCAUGGCCCCGGUUGAGCUCGAGCAGGAGGGUCCCAUUCAGAUCCACCCCAUCAUGCGCUUCACUGAAGCUGGUCUGCACCCGGCCAUGGCGAAGAACGUUGAGCUUUCACAAUACCGUCUUCCAACCCCCAUUCAGAAGUACUGCCUGCCCGCCAUCACUCGUGGUCACGAUGUCAUCGGAAUCGCUCAGACUGGAUCGGGCAAAACGGCAGCGUAUCUGAUUCCGAUUCUGAACAAGCUCAUGGGCAAGGCAAAGAAGCUUGCUGCGCCCCGUCCAAACCCAGCGACCUAUCGACCUGGAAUCGACCCACCUGCUCGCGCCGAGCCUCUUGUCUGCAUCGUGGUGCCCACUCGUGAGCUUGCCAUUCAGAUCUUCCUGGAGGCGCGCAAGUUCUGCUAUCGGAGCAUGCUAAGACCUUGCGUCAUCUACGGUGGUGGUCCCAUUCGCGACCAGAUUGACCAGCUCAGCAAGGGCUGCGAUAUCCUUAUUGCUUCGCCUGGUCGUCUCAUCGACUUCAUGGACCGCCCGCAGAACCUGACCCUGCGUCGCCUCAAGUUCAUGGUCAUUGAUGAGGCUGAUGAGAUGCUUCACGAUGACUGGAAGGAGGACUUCGACAAGAUUCUCGGUGGUGGCGAGCAGGAAGAGGGCAACAUUCAGUACUUGCUUUUCUCGGCGACCUUCCCCAAGCGUGUGCGUGAGCUCGCAAUGACUCACCUGGCCACUGAGCACGUUCGUUUCCGUGUUGGCCGUGCUGGCCGAGCCAACGAGAACAUCGUUCAGACCAUUGUGCAGACUGAUCCUUCUAUGAAGCGUCAGGCCAUGCUGGACCUGCUCAAUUCUAUGCCUCCGGCGCGCACCCUGAUCUUUGUCAACAACAAGCGCACCGCGGAUGAGCUUGACGACUUCCUUUUCAACCGGGGCUUGCCGUGCACCUCUCUUCACGCUGAUCGCACUCAGCUUGAGCGCGAGGAUGCCAUGCGCGCGUUCCGCAAAGGAACUAUGCCAAUUAUGAUUGCCACUGGCGUCUCUGCUCGUGGUAUUGACGUUCGCAAUGUCUGCCACGUUAUAAACUUCGAUCUUCCAAGCCUGGAUCAUGGUGGAAUUGAGGAGUACACGCAUCGUAUCGGUCGUACCGGUCGCAUUGGUAACCGCGGUCUGGCAACAUCCUUUUACACCGAGCGCGAUGAGCCUCUGGCUCCCAUCCUGGUCCGUACGCUGCUAGAGACGAAGCAGAAGGUCCCUGAGUUCCUUGAGCAAUACAUGCCGGAGGGUGAUGAGCUUGAGAAUCUCCAGUUUCCGUCUGAGCAGGAUGAGGACAUUGGAGGUGGUGAUUCCGGUGGCGGCUGGGGAGGCGAUGCCGAUGGUGAUGCUGGUGGUGAUGCUGGCAAUGCUUGGGGUGGCGGUGAGACCUCUGCUGGUGGUGGUGACCCUGGAAACGCCUGGGGCGGUGGUGGUGAUACCACUGCUGCUGGUUCUGGUGGCUGGGAGACUGGUGGUGCCUCCACUGGCGGUGGUGGCUGGUAG